AUGCGGGUGGGAUUUUGCUCGCUUGUGCAGCCACUAAAGCGGCGUCUAGGCAGCGUCAGCAGCUCUUCCCGGCACUCACUGCGCUGGUGUGCCACGUCAUCAUCUUCGUUGAACAUCAGCGCUUUCGAAACGGCUGCGAAUACGGCUGAAAAUGCUGCUGCAGAUGCCACCAGGUCUGUUUCUGCCUCGUCUUUGUUGAAGUACACCAUUGAACCCUCCGCAGCAACGAUGGGUGCACCACGACCGUUGCAUGAUGAGAGGGCGUGUCACACUCUUGCCAUGCUUGCCUCCUUCCCACCAUCGAGGAUUCGAAACUUUGCCGUUGUUGCACACGUGGAUCACGGCAAGACGACACUGAGCGAUGCAGUUCUGCGCCGCACCGGUGUGCUGAGUGGGUCACAGGUGGGGACGUAUACGGAUCGGCUUCUGGUGGAGCGUCAACGGGGUAUAACUGUCAAGGCGCAGACCUGCUCUAUUUUUGUUGUACACAAUGGGGAGGAGUUCCUACUCAAUCUUAUCGACACUCCUGGGCACGUGGACUUUCAGUACGAAGUCUCACGAAGCUUAAGUGCCUCGGAGGCGGCACUGUUGCUCGUUGAUGUUGCUCAGGGCAUCGAGGCUCAAACGAUGGCACACUUCCAUACGGCGCUAGAGCGGGGUUUGACCAUCAUUCCUGUAUUCACCAAAAUGGACACUGUGCUCAGUGAUGUGCCAGUUGAUCGUGCGCUGCAGGAACUGGAGGAUUCAACAGGUUUGCUGCGCCGUGAGGUGGUCUUUACAAGCGCAAAGGAGCAGCUUGGGGUGGAGGGACUUCUUCGCACCAUUGUUGAACGCGUACCCCCACCAGUUGGCCUGGUGGGACUUUCUGACCUGCGUCAACUCCCGCCGCUUCUGCCAGGCAGCGCGGAGCGCACUGCGAUGGAGAAGAAGAUGGUGCCGCUGCGUGCCUUGUUGUUUGACUCGUGGACCUCCGAGUGUGGUGGGGGUCUGCGCCGGGCGGCGCCGCGAGGCGGUGACAAGGGCAAUAGCAGCGACUGCAGUGACGGCAAUGUGACGUGUCUUAUUCGUGUCAUUGACGGGACACUGACAGCCAAAACUGUGGUGUUGUUUUACCACUCGCAUAGGCGGUGUGAGGCGCUGGAGGUGGGCAUCAUUCAUCCCGAGCUCCGCCCCACGACGGCGCUCACGGCAGGCAUGGUGGGCUACGUCACCUUUUCAAAGUUGAGUCGUGAGGACUUUUCUGUGGGUGAGACGCUUUACACGCUACCUACUCGUACGUUUACACGGGAGAGUAUUGUUCCAGUAACCGGAUUUAAGCGGGUGCACCCGGUGGUUUUUGCUGGGUUUUACCCGGACGAAGGGGAAUACAUUACUCAGUUGCGGGAGGCAGUAGAAAAGCUGCGCGUUAAUGAGCCAGCUGUCACGAUGGAGCCAUUAGAUUGCCCUGCGCUAGGGGCUGGGCUGCAGCUUGGAUUUCUUGGCAUGCUACACAUGCAGGUGUUUCAAGAACGUCUUCUCGCGGAGUUUGGUCAACGAGUUCUCGUGACACCGCCACUAGUGCAGUACAAAUAUCGCGAGGUGGGCGUGGAUGCGGAAGCACCAUUGAAACCUUUGACCGUGCAUAGCUGGAGGUGGUUGCACGAAGGCGUGUCAUGCUACUUGGAACCGUACGUUACUGUUACUAUUAUUACGCCGCGGGAGCACUUCCAGGGGAUUGAUAGUGAGGCACUGCAACAGUUUCGCGGGGAGCAGCUAGAUAUGCGCGUGCUGGAUGACGCACGGAUUCUCGUGCGGUACAAGAUGCCCUUGGCCGAUCUUGUUCGUGGAUUCUUUGACGUGGUCAGAAGUGUCUCACACGGCUAUGCCUCGCUUGACUAUGAUGACCCCGUCUACGAGGAGGCGGACCUUGUGAAGGUGGAGGUGGCUGUUCAGAAGUCACGUGUAUCUGCUCUCUCUGUCAUCUGCCCGAGGUCGGAGGCCUCUGCCGUUGGUAAGCGUAUUGUUUCAAGCCUCAAAUCCAAUCUUACACGCGGCGCCGUUGACAUCCCGCUGCAGGCAAUGGUGGGGGCAAAGAUUAUCGCCCGUGAAACGGUGAGGGCGUACCGCAAGGAUGUUACGGCAAAAAUUCACGCAGGUGACAUUUCACGCAAGCAGAAAAAGUGGAAUGAUCAGAAAAAAGGAAAAGAGCGCAUGGCGCGGCGCACAGUUGGCACAGUUACACUUGAUCAAUCCGUUCUGGCCGCGGCCAUGGGUGCUACGUCGUUGUAA